CAACCGGGCCGGACUGCGCUGAGCCGAGCGGAGAGGCCCGACAGAACCGAGCCGAACCGAGCCGGGCCGAGGAACUCAACAGAACCGAGCCCAACCGGGCCGGGCCGAGCCGAGCCCAACCGGGCCGGACUGCGCCGAGCCGAGGAGCCCGACAGAACCGAGCCGGGACGAGCAGUGCCGAGUGGAGCCGAACUGAGCCGAGGAGUCGAAUCGAGCGCAGCCGAACCGAGCCGAGUGGGGCCGAACUGAGCUGAGCUGAGCCCAGGAACCGAACCGAGCCGGGCCGAGCGCAGCCGAGCGAGUCCGAACAGAUCCGAGCCGACCCGAGUGGGGCCGAACUGGGCUGAGCCGACCCGAGCGCAGCCGAACGGGGCCGAACCGAGCCGAGGGGCCGAACCGAGCUGGGCCGAGCGCAGCCGAACGAGGCCGAGCAGAGCCGAGCGCAGCCGAACCACUUCGUUUCCUCGCCGUUCCCCACGGGGUGACCUGUGUGCCAGGCGGGUUGGUGGCCUGCACCCCCCAGUGCCGCCAUGGCGUCGCGCAUCGGGCUGCGGAUGGAGCUGAUGAAGCAGCAGGCGCAGCAGGAAGCCGAGCGGGAGCGGGUGCAGCAGCAGAUGAUGAUGAGCUACAUGCAGCAGCAGCGCAUGCCCGUGGCCUCCAGCCCUGCCAUCAACACCCCUGUCCACUUCCAGUCCCCACCGCCCGUGCCCGGAGAGGUGCUCAAGGUCCAGUCCUACCUGGAGAACCCCACCACCUACCACCUGCAGAAGUCUCGGGACAAGAAGGUGCAGGCUUAUCUCUCCGAGACCUAUGGGAACAAAUUUGCUGCCCACGUCAGCCCCGCCAGCCACUCUCCCAAGCCACCCCCGGCCGCGUCCCCCGGCGUCCGGCCCGGCCACGUCCUGUCCUCCUCGGCAGGCAACAGCGCUCCCAACAGCCCCAUGGCCAUGCUCAACAUCGGCUCCAACCCCGAGAGGGAGUUUGAUGAGGUCAUCGAUGACAUCAUGCGCCUGGAUGAUGUUUUGGGCUACAUGAACCCUGAAGUCCACAUGCCCAACACGCUGCCCAUGUCCAGCAGCCACAUGAAUGUCUACAGUGGGGACCCUCAGGUGACAGCGUCACUCGUUGGUGUCACCAGCAGCUCCUGCCCCGCCGAGCUCACCCAGAAGAGAGAACUCACAGAUGCCGAGAGCCGAGCCCUGGCCAAGGAGCGCCAGAAGAAAGACAAUCACAACCUGAUCGAGAGGAGGCGAAGGUUCAACAUCAACGACCGCAUCAAGGAGCUGGGAAUGCUGAUCCCCAAAGCCAAUGAUCUGGACGUGCGCUGGAACAAAGGGACAAUCCUGAAGGCGUCUGUGGACUACAUCAAGAGGAUGCAGAAGGACCUGCAGAGGUCCCGGGACCUGGAGAACCACUCCCGGCGCCUGGAGAUGGCCAACAAGCAGCUGCUGCUCCGCAUCCAGGAGCUGGAGAUGCAGGCGCGUGUCCAUGGGCUGCCCACCUCCUCGCCCUCGGGCGUCAACGUGGCCGAGCUGGCUCAGCAAGUGGUCAAGCAAGAAGCCAGCGGGGACGAGGGGACCCUGGAGCCACUGCUGCCACCCCCAGAGGCCGAAUCCCAGCCUCAGCCAGCGCUGCCCGUGCCCCCUCAGUCCCCCUAUCACCAGCUGGACUUUACCCACAACCUGAGCUUCGAUGAUGGCUCCUUCCCGGACAGCCUGGAGCCCGGCCACAGCUCCUCCUUCCCAUCCCUAUCCAAGAAGGAGCUGGACUUGAUGCUGAUGCAGGACACGAUGCUGCCCCUGGCCUCUGACCCCUUGUUCUCAGCCAUGUCCCCCGAGGCCUCCAAGGCCAGCAGCCGCCGCAGCAGCUUCAGCAUGGAGGACGCAGACAUGCUGUGAUGGGGGAGCUGCCAGGGCAGGGAUUGCAGCACAGCUUGGGGUGGGCAAGUCCCAGGAGCCUCCUGGCAGGAGGAGCCCGUCCCACCACACACUUGGAUCUUCCCAGGAGUUCCUUUGUCUAUGCAAGGAGGGCUCGGGUGCCACCGAGUCU